AUGGAAACCACCACGCGCCUAGAAAAACCAUAUUCCUUCAUCGACACAGCAACUGCGCAAGAUAAUCCGCUCAAUGCUUCCGAUGGGAUCCAGACCAAUCGAGUACUUCUCUCAUACGAGGAGAUACCGGAGUGGUACAAAGAAAAUGAAUUCAUUCAUGGUGGUUACCGCCCGGUAUCAUUUUCUACUCCCGCCUGCUUCGCUAGUUGGUGGUAUCUACACAACGAGAGCGUGAACAUCUACUCUCAUUUGAUCCCGAGUAUUUUCUUCGCUAUUGCCGAAUUCGCAAUGUAUAUUUAUCUUCGGUCUCAGUACCCGAAAGCGACCGUUGAGGAUCACCUCGUUUUCGCAUUCUUUCUGUUGACAGCCGUCAUCUGCCUGGCAUUUUCGGCAAUUCUUCAUACUCUUUCAAGUCACUCGCGAGAUGUUUGCGAAUAUUGGCUACACCUGGACUUCAUUGGGAUAAUUAUCUUGACUCUUGGAGAUUUCGUAUCCGGAAUAGAUAUGAUAUUCUACUGCGAGCCAAUGUUAAAACAAAGAUAUUGGAUAAUGGUAGGAGGCCCAAGCAUACCGCAGUAA